CUCGCGCUGGAACGCUCCGCCUCGCUCUGGAACGCUCCGCCUCCGUUGCCCCUAGCGGCUGUUUGUUGACUUCCGGGAACGCGGGAGUCGCCGAUGCUCAGAGGGUCGCUAUGGGGGGUCCAGAGGGGAUCCAGGGCCCGCUUCGGGGCUGAGGUGCUGCCUUAGGCCCCACCGAGUCUCCCUCAACCCCUUCCCGGCCCAGGCGCAGGCUCCCCGUAGCGCCCUUCGGCAUGGCGGAACCCGAGGAGGUGGUGCCCGAUUCGGGUGCUGUGUUUACGUUUGGGAAAACUGAAAUUGCUGAAAAUAUUCCCAGCAAAUUCUGGUUUAAAAAUGAUAUACCUAUAUAUCUUUCAUGUGGAGAUGAACAUACUGCUGUUAUUACAGGAAAUAAUAAGCUUUUCGUGUUUGGCAGUAACAACUGGGGUCAGUUAGGAUUAGGAUCAAAAUCGACUGUUAACAAGCCAACGUGUGUCAAAGCUUUAAAACGGGAAAAAGUGAAACUUGCUGCCUGUGGAAGGAACCACACCCUAGUUUCAACAGAAGGAGGCAAAGUAUACGCCGCUGGAGGAAAUACUGAAGGACAGCUGGGACUUGGUGAUACUGAAGAGAGAAACACUUUUCAUCUAAUUAGUUUUUUUACAUCCCAGCAUAAGAUUAAACAACUCUCUGCUGGGUCUAACACUUCAGCUGCACUGACUGAGGAUGGAGAGCUUUUCAUGUGGGGUGACAAUUCUGAGGGGCAAAUUGGUUUACAAAAUAUAACUAGUAUAUGUGUCCCUCAUCAAGUGACCAUUGGAAAACCUAUCUCCUGGAUCUCUUGUGGAUAUUACCAUUCAGCUUUUGUAACAACGGAGGGAGAACUGUACACCUUUGGAGAACCUGAGUAUGGGAAAUUAGGUCUUCCCGGAAAGCUGCUGAUCAAUCACAAAGUGCCCCAGCUGGUGCCUGGAAUUCCUCAGAAGGUGAUCCAAGUAGCUUGUGGUGGAGGGCACACGGUUGUGCUCACAGAGAAUGCUGUGUACACCUUUGGGCUGGGACACUUUGGUCAGCUGGGUCUUGGCACUUUUAUUUUUGAAACUUCAAAACCCAAAGCCAUUGAGAAUAUUAAGGAUCAGAAAAUAAGUUAUGUUUUCUGUGGAGAAAACCACACAGCUUUGAUAACAGAUUUAGGCCUUAUGUAUACUUUUGGAGACGAUCGACGUGGAAAAUUAGGACUUGGACUGGAGAGUUUUGCCAAUCAGUUCGUUCCCACUUUGUGUUCUAAUUUUUUGAAGUUUAUAGUACAGUUGGUUGCUUGCGGUGGAUGUCACAUGCUAGUUUUUGCCACUCCACGACUUGAUGUGGCAGAAGACGUUGAGUUAGAUGAAAUAAAUGAUUGUUGCUUACCUUCAGCUACAUCUCUGCCGAUCAGUGAUCUGACUUCAGGAAACGUACUGCAGAGAUCUUUAUCAGCACGUGUGCGGCGAAGAGAGAGGGAGAAAUCCUCAGACUCUAUUCAAACGACAGGAACACUACCUCCAAUUGCAGGGACUCUCGUACCACCUGUUUGUUCUUCGCCUCAUUCAGUUCCUUUCUGUAUGCCUACAACUAAUCUGCUAGAGAAAAUGAUGCCUGAUAAAGAGGGCCCUAUGCCGCCAAUGGAACCAGAUUAUUUUCAACAUAAAAUAACCAAAGGGAAAGAGACAGACAAUUUUUCAGCAGAGGAUUCAGAAAGCCUUGGAGAAACUACUGAUGUCUUAAAUAUGACACAUAUGAUGAGCCUGAAUUCCAAUGAAAAAUUAUUAAAAUUAUCGCCAAUUCAAAAACAAAAGAAACAAGAAACAAUUGAGAAACUGAAGCAGCAUACAGCUCAUACUGAAAAUGAUGGUAGUAAUGAAUAUGAAAGUGAAGAGAUGUCCAAAAAGAUGAAAGAAGGGAAAGCAUAUCAACAACUUUUGGCAAAAGGAAUGUACAUGAUGCAAGCAGCUGUGACUAUGGAAGCAUUUUCAGAUUUGGACGUAGGUAACGACUCAGGCCAGCAAAGGCCUCAGGCCAACACCAGUGCAGAGAGUUUGCAAAAAGGGAUAUUUAGACAUGAAAAUAAGCAUGGUGUCUAUCCACUUAAUAGUAAGGAAAUAGAAAAGGAAAGUGAUGAAGGACAAAGUCAGAUGGAUUCAGAAGUGGAAGUAAUAGUCUCUAAGACGGAAACUGGUCUGGUGAAAAUGACAGGUCUGAAUGAUAUAAGAAAAAGUGAAGAGAAUAGAAAAAAUAUUGAUACAUUCCUUGACGACUUACCAAAUAGAGACAUGAAUAUUGAGGAUGAAGAAAAUAAAAACUUUGUUAAGGAAAGUAACAAGCAAGAUAUGAUCUUUGACAAUGAAAGAGAAUCUAUAGAGGAGCCAGACAGUUACUUGGAAGGUGAAAGUGAAAGUCAGCAGGGUACAGCUGAUGGAUUCAAGCAGCCUGAGUCAAUAGAAUUUAGCAGUGGAGAGAAAGAGGAUGAAGUGGAAACUGACCAAAACUUGUGGUAUAGCAGAAAAUUUAUUGAACAAGGACAUGAGGAAGAGAUCGAACACAGAAUGUCCAAAUACAUGGCAAAAUAUGGUUUUAAGGGUGACCACAUAUCAGAGGAGCAGGAAGGAGAAGAUGAUUCAGAAGGAAGAGGAACAGAGGAGCAAGAGAUAGAGAUAAAUGAGGAGGUGCCUGGAGAAAAAGAGGAGGAGGAAGCAAAGCUCCUGUCAGAUGACCUUACAGACAGAGCAGAGGUGAGUGAAGGCGAGGGAAAGCCAGGGGGAGAGGCAGAGCACGUGCCUGAAGGUGGAGGUGAGGGAAUCGGGAAGGAGGGUAAUUCAGGAGUGGAACAGAGGAGUGGAACAGGAAGUGAGGAGGGGGAGGAGGAGAAAGACAAGGGAGGAGGAGAAACGGAGAGCCUGGGUAAGGGAGAGAAAGACCUGAAAGAGGAGGAGGAACGGGAGCAAAAGGAGAGGGAACAGGGCCAUCAGGAGGAAAGAAACAAAGGGCUGGAGGAAGGGGAAGGGAGCGAGCAAGCAGGGGGGGAAGGAGAGGAGGAGGAAGGCAAGGAGGAAGAGGGGGGAGAAGGGAAAGCAGGAGAGGAGAAGAGAGACGGGAAAGAGGAAGAAGAGAAAGGAGAGGGGGAGGAAGAGAAGGAGGGGAAGGGGGAGGAAGUAGAAGAGGGGGAGGGGCAGGAAGGAGAAGAGGAAGGGCAGGAAGAAGAGGGGGGAGAGGAGGAGGGAGAGGGAGGAGAGGAGGAGGGAGAUGAGGAGCAGGAGGGAGAAGGGGGAGCAGAGGAGGGAGGAGAUGAAGGAGAGGAGGAAGGAGAAGAAGGAGAGGAGGAAGGAGAAGAAGGAGAGGAGGAGGAAGGAGACAGGGAGGGAGAAGGGGAAAGAGAGGGGGAGGAGGAAGGAGGAGAGGGGGAAGGAGAGGAGGAGGAGGGAGAGGGGGAAGGAGAAGAAGAGGAGGAGGAAGGAGAGGAGGAGGAGGGAGAGGGGGAAGGAGAAGUAGGGGAGCAGGAGGAAGGAGAGGAGAGGGAAGGAGAGGGAGAGGAGGAGGAAGGAGAGGAGGAGGGGGAGGGGCAGGAAGCAGAUGGGGAGGGAGAAGAGGAGGGGGAAGAAGGAGGAGAAGAGGAAGAAGGAGAGGGGGAGGAGGAAGGAGGAGAGGAGGAGGGAGAGAGGGAAGGAGAAGGGGAGGAGGAGGAAGGAGAGGAGGAGGGGCAGGAAGCUGAGGAGGAGGGAGAAGAGGAGGGGGAAGAAGGAGGAGAAGAGGAAGAAGGAGAGGGGGAGGGGGAAGGAGAGGGGGAGGAGGAGGGAGAGAGGGAAGGAGAGGGGGAGGAGGAGGGAGAGGGGGAAGGAGAGGGAGAGGAUGAGGGGGAGGGGCAGGAAGCAGAGGGGGAGGGAGAAGAGGAGGGGGAAGAAGGAGGAGAAGAGGAAGAAGGAGAGGAGGAGGAGGGGGAAGGAGAGGAGGAGGGAGUGGGGGAAGGCAAGGAAAGGGAAAAGGAGGGGGCAGUGAGGGAGAAGAAAGAGGAAGAAAACUGCAGGAGGGAAGGGGAGAAGGAAGAAGAGGAGGGCGAUGAGGAAGAGGAGGGAAGGUACCAGGAGAGAGGCAAUGAAGAAAGUGGAAGGCAGGGAAGACAGGGUGGAGGAAGAGAAUACAGCAAAGUGAGCAAGAUGAGAGGAUCUGUGAAAUAUGACAAAGAUAAAACAUAUCCAAAAAAGUUUAUUACUAACAGGGAAGGAAAGGGGAAAGAGCAUGAAGUACAGAGGUUCAAAAUGCCAGUGCAGUCAAAACAACUCUUAGAAAAUGGGCCACCAGGUUCCAAAACAUUUUGGAAUAAUGUAUUACCACAUUAUUUGGAAUUGAAGUAACAAACUUUAAAUUUGACCUGAUUAUGUCCAGCCAAACAACUUGAACACAUUAUGAAGAAUAGGCACUCUUUCUGUUAUAUUGAUUUUAUGUCAUGGUUACCUUACCUGUGGUACAAUAGAAACUGAUAAAGAUAACUUGAGGCACUGGUAAAUUUUGGCUUCUCUUAAACUAAUAUUUUGGUGUAUUUUCCCCUGAAUUAUAAAUAUAUAACUAGAAAAUAUCAAAAGAUCAUAGUAUAUGAUUAAUAUUAUUAUUUCUCAUUAAAGACAGUUUUAGGAAACAGGAGUAUAUUGUAAAAGUAUUUUGUGUAUACAAGUAAGUCCCUUUAAAAAUAGCACAGAUCUUUAAGGGUUAUAAAAACGUCUAAUUUCUUAUAACUAUGUUAGCAUAGUUUUUUCAGUCUAUGAUUACAGUUUGCCUACCGUAUAGAAUAAUUUUAUAAGAAUGGGUGGUAUUCUAAAGCUAAAAUGAGGAAUUCACAUUUUUUUAAAAAAUAGUGCUGUCUUUUUACCUUUUAUGUGUCCUUUUUGCAGCAGUCUACAAAGUGACAGCUGGGUUCAGAGCUUAGACUCUAAUGUCUCUUUUAGUUACUGUUUGGUAAAUGACAGAAUAUCUAAUGAAAUGGAGAUGAACGUAUAUUGUAAAAGUAUGAAAAACUUUAAGUAUUUAUUUCCAGGCAAAGCUACCCAUUGGGCUUCAGUUUCCUUAUCUGUAAAAUAGAAUGGAUUAGAUGAUAUGGUAACUAUAGCCCCUUGUAACUCUUAGAUUCUUUCAUUCUAACGUGUUUGUUAUUUGCAUAAGAAAAUUUUUUAAGGAAGAAAAAUUAUACUUUACGAUUAAUCUAGUUUUCUAUGAAAUGUUCUUUACUCUUAAAAAAUUAUGACAGCUUUAAUGUCUUUUGUCUUCUGUAAUUCUGUGCUUCUAAGCUCCUAUCAUUUCUGAGCUUUCACUGUACUGUCAGACCUUCAUUCCCAGUACUGCCAUUCCCAGUGUCUAUUACUUACCUUCAAUGUAUUCUUCAUUCACUAUUCUGUAAUUCUCUGUUUGCUGUUUGUCAGAAUGUUUCAAGUAAAAUAAAAAUUAAAUGUAUACAGUCAGUAGUUGUCUGUGAAAAGAGAAACUAAUAUUAGAUAUUGAAUUUUAGAGAGGCUAGAUUUCCACUAGAGUAAUUCCAUUGUAUGUAGUGCAGCUAGUUUGUUUCAUUAUUGUUUAUUCAUAGCUUUCCUUCCCCAGUCCUUUCUAUAUCUUAGACAUGAGGAAUUUCUUAUACUUUCUUUUAUCAAGGAGGACUGUGAUGGUAAACAUCCUGUGAAUUUUGUGUAGUUGAAUUCUUUGCACAUUUGAUUUUUCAUGAGUGAGAAAGAAUACGAGGAGAAAGACUAGGAUAGGAAGUGAAGAAAUUCCUAGGAGUAGUUAUAAAUUUUGUCUUAGCUGCAAGGCUCGCUGGUAGCUUCCACUAACUAACCAAAUAUGCGGAUUUGGCAUUGCAGUGUUCUAGCAAAUUCUACCACAUUCAUUAGUGUUAGUAGAAUUGAAUUAAUACUUUGAUUAAAAUGUAUGUGCUGUGUUGUUAAAUCUAGUGCAAAACGUGGUUAUCUUAGAAGUAGACUUAAGAUUAAAUAAGAUGGAUGACAGAAGUGGAGUUCAUAAAGGAAAAACCUCCAAGGAGAUGAGAAACUCUUAAACUCAAGUUACCAAUGUUAAAGUUAUGGGCAUUCAUCUUCCACUGAAGAGAUAAUCAGCUGGCAAUACUGAAAUGAUGUUCUUAAAAUAUGUGCAUCUCAGAAUUUGAACCAGUCUAGAUAACCAAUUGUAAACAGCAUUUCUUACCCAUUUCUUCACAUUUCCCUGGCCAAAAAAAAUUUUUGUGCUCUUUUAGAAGCAGUAAUUCAUGCGUGCCUGGUACUCUGGUCAAAAGAGCACUGGCCUAGUCAUUUUCAGACCUGAAUUAAUAGUUGGUUAAGUAGAUUGGAAUAACUAGUUCCUUCUUUAUUGUCCCCAUCUGAUGGUUGAUCAUGCUUUUACUGUAGUUUAUCAGUGAUCAUUUUUGAGGCAAGUGUGAGUUGUGUAUGUAGAAUCCAUUGAAUUACAGUUUCAAGUGAGGACUCUGGCAGAAAAAUAAGGUAAGCUGCAAAGGAGUACCACAGAAACAUCUGCUGCUGCUGACCAGCAGCACUCCAGGUGAGUGCAAUUGAAAUGUUUUCUAUUAUUUCACUAUAGAAAUAAAUUUGCUAUAUACAUGUAGAUUAAAAAUAAAAUGCUACCACGGAGAAAGGUGCUGUAAUUCCUCCCUUCAUUCUUUCCAUUGUGAAAGUUAAAUGUGAUAUUAUAUGCCCAGUACCUGACACAUAACUUAUAAUUGGUACAUAUUAUUCAGUCAACAAAUAUUUAUGUACCAAGCACCAAAAAGAGAACAGAAGCUACCCCAAAUCAGGUGGAUCUCAAGAAGUGAGGGCUGCUUACAAUCAACUUCCUGUGGCCCUCUAACCUACCAGGGAUGUUAGGUAGGUAUAGAUUUCUUGAAAGAACACCAGGUAAAAAGAGUUCCUAUGACUCUGCCUUAACUGUUGCUUAUCAGUGCCCUUAUAUUUCCUGAUACCCCCAUGUUAUUAGCCAAGACUGCCCAAAGAUAAAAAUAUGAUUUGAAAACAAAUCUAUGGCUUUCCUCCAUUAAAUCCCUUAGUUAAUAAGAAGAAAGUGCUUUUUAUAAGA